GCCGCCCGGUGUCGCGGCCAUGGGGGAGGCCGGGCCGGCGCCGCGGGACCCGCCGGAGCCCGAGGAGGACGAGGCGGCGGCGGGAAGCGCUCGGGGGGGCCGGGCAGGGCCCCGCGGCGCCGUGCGGGUGCUGCGGAGAAAUGUGAAGCGGAAUGGGAGCAGGAGCUGCCUGAACAGGAGUCGGUUUGGUUCCCGUGAGAGGGACUGGCUGAAGGAGAAUGUCAGACGAGGCUGCGUAUACGUUUAUGGAAAAGAUUCUGCUGCUUCUUCAGACUUGCGCUUGGUCCUCUGUACGGUGGACACCCCGGCAUCUGAGAUCUGCGAUGGAGAAGGGAGGGAAAACCUCUUUUUGCAGCUUCAUGGAGACCUGGUCAGGAGGUUGGAGCCCACAGAAAAACCCCUUCAGAUUGUGUAUGACUACUUGGCUGGCUUGGGUUUUGAUGAUCCUGUCAGAAUGCAGGAGGAGGCAGCAAACUCUGAUCUCAGCUGUAUGAUUCGCUUUUACAGUGAAAAGCCAUGUCAAGUGGAACAGUUAGAUCGCAUCCUGCUCUCUGGAGUCUAUAACGUACGCAAAGGAAAGACCCAGUUGCACAAGUGGGCAGAGCGCUUGGUGAUUCUCUGUGGUACGUGCCUCAUCGUGUCCUCUGUCAAGGACAGCCACACGGGGAAGAUGCACAUCUUGCCUCUCGUUGGAGGGAAGGUGGAAGAGAUGAAACGCCGGCAGUACACGCUUGCUUUCACAUCUGCUGGAGCACAAGCUCAAACAUACCAUGUUUCCUUUGAAACACUGGCGGAGUGCCAGCGGUGGCACCGACAGGCGUCCACGGUUGUGUCUAUGCGUCUUAGCAUGGUUGAUCUUUCAUGCUACAGCCUUGAGGAAGUACCUGAGCACCUCUUCUACAGUCAAGACAUCAUCUACCUCAACCUACGACACAAUUUUAUGAGAUCAAGUGGACCAGGAAGCCUUGACUCUCUUUGCAGGUUUUCUCAGCUGAAGAGCCUGAACUUGUCUCAUAACCGACUGGGAGAGUUUCCUGUAUCGCUGUGCGAGAUCUCUACUCUGACAGAGCUUAAUAUUUCCUGUAACGGACUUCAUUCCUUGCCAAGCCAUAUUGGCAAACUGCUAAAUCUCCAGACCUUCUGCCUUGAUGGGAAUUUCCUCACGUCCUUACCAGAAGAACUGGGAAGUCUGCAACAGCUCAGCAGCCUUGGGCUUUCCUUCAAUAACUUCCGUGAACUGCCAGCAAUUUGUGAGAAGCUCGUCAUGUUAGACAAACUAGCCCUGGCAGGGAACGUGAUAGAGACCCUGGACCUUGCCGUGCUGAACCGUAUGAGUCACAUCAAAAGUGUGGACCUGAGGCUGAACAACCUGAAGAGAGCAGUGGCUGACACUCUGGAGGGGAACAAAUCUGUGACUUAUAUGGAUUUACGAGACAAUCAGAUGACAGAUCUGGAUCUGAGCUACUUGGGCAGCCUCGAGCAGCUGCACUGUGAGCGGAAUAAGCUGAGGGAGUUGACGCUAAGUGGCUUCUCCCUUCGAGCCCUCUAUGCCAACAGCAACUGUCUGACAGCUAUCAAUAUUUAUCCAGUUCCUGGUCAAUUGACAUGUCUAGAACUCUCUCACAAUCAGCUGCAGUGUGUCCCAGACUGGGCCUGUGAAGCAAAGAAACUGGAAAUUUUGGACCUGAGCUACAAUCUCCUUGUGGAGCUUCCAUCGAGGAUCCUCAGCAGCUUGAGCCUUCGGAAGUUGAUGGUGGGGCACAACCGUCUGCAGAGCCUUCCACCUCUCCUAGAACACAUUCCACUGGAGGUGCUGGACCUUCAGCACAACCUGUUGACUAAACUGCCGGACACACUCUUUGUCAAGGCUCUGAACCUCAGGUACCUGAAUGCAUCUGCAAACAGCCUGGAGUCCUUGCCCCCUGCAUGUACAGGGGAGGAGAGUCUGAGCAUGCUGCAGCUGCUUUACUUGACCAAUAAUAACCUCACAGAUCAAUGCAUCCCCAUCUUGGUGGGACACCCGAGCCUACGGAUCCUGCACCUGGCAAACAACAACCUACAGACUUUCCCUGCAAGCAAACUUAGUAAGAUGGAGCACUUGGAAGAGCUGAAUCUGAGUGGCAACAAACUGAAAACAAUUCCCACAACAGUGGCGAACUGCAAGCUACUUCAUACCUUGAUUGCACACUCUAAUGAAAUAAGCAUCUUUCCAGAGAUCCUACAUUUGCCCCGUAUUCAGUUUGUGGACUUGAGCUGCAAUGAGUUAACUGAAAUCCUGAUCCCAGAGGCACUGCCAGGUACCUUGCAAGAGCUGGACCUUAGCGGAAACACAAACCUGAUGCUAGAGCACAAGACACUGGACAUCUUCAGUCAUAUCACCACACUGAAGAUUGAUGCUAAGCCCUCCCUCACGGCAGACUCAGCACUCGCUUCUACCUUCUGGAGUCACGGAGUAGCUGAGAUGGCAGGCCAAAGGAAUAAGCUGUGUGUGUCAUCCCUGGCACUGGGGAGCUUUGCUGAGGGGGUAGAGGCUGUGUAUGGCAUGUUUGAUGGUGACAAGAACGAGGAGCUGCCACGCUUGCUGCAGUGCACCAUGGCCGAUGUGCUCCUGGAGGAGGUACAGCAGUCAGACACCAUGUUCAUGUCCAACACCUUCUUGGUCUCCCACAGGAAGCUGGGCAUGGCUGGGCAGAAGCUGGGCUCCUCUGCUGUCCUUUGCUAUAUUCGUCAUGAUGUGGCCGAUCCAGCCAGCAACUUUUCUCUGACGGUAGCCAAUGUGGGGACGUGCCAAGCCAUUCUGUGCCGAAACGGAAAACCACUGCCUCUCUCCAAAGUCUUCAGCCUUGAACAAUGUCCAGAAGAAGCCAAGAGAGUCAAGGAACAAAAAGCCAUUAUAACAGAGGACAAUAAGGUCAACGGUGUGACUUGCUGUACUCGGAUGCUGGGCUGCACAUACCUGCAUCCUUGGAUCCUGCCUAAACCACACGUCAAUUCCAUUCCACUGACUGUACAAGAUGAGCUGCUACUUAUAGGAAACAAAGCUCUCUGGGAACACCUUUCUUACACGGAAGCUGUCUCGGCUGUGCGCCACCUGCACGACCCGCUCGCUGCUGCGAAGAAACUCUGCACUUUAGCCCAAAGCUACGGCUGCCAGGACAAUGUAGGUGCGAUGGUGGUGUGUCUGAACAUCAGCGAGGACAGCUGCACAUGUGAGAUGCAUGGCCUCACUCUGCUAGGUCCUGGGGGAUUUAGUUCCACCACCACCAAGCCAGCAACACCUUCAUCUAGCAGUGGAAUUGCUUCUGAGUUCAGCAGUGAACUGUCUGCUUCUGAGGUUAGCAGUGAGGUGGGCUCUACUGCUUCUGAUGAACACAAUGCUGUUGGUCUCGACGGCAGCUUGCUGCCGCGACAAGAGCGACGUUGCAGCCUACAUCCUGUGCCCCCCUCAAGCAUCUUUCAGCGCCAGCCUUCCAGUGCCACCUUCUCUAGCAACCAGUCUGACAACGGUCUGGAUAGCGAUGAUGAGCAGCCUGUGGAAGGUGUGAUGACAAACGGCAGUAAAGUGGAGGUGGAGGUGGACAUACACUGCUGUAAAGGAAAGGGCCUGGAGUUUGAACUUCCUGCUUCAGACUACAGCUCCUCCGCUCCAGGGCCAGAGGAUGACCCUGAGCUUGUCCUUGUCAUUCGGAGACAGAACAGUGUAAACAGCAACACUGUGCAGAGAGAAGUGAAGGAAAAGUGUGGACUGCAAAAAUCUCUUUCCACAUGCUGUCUCUAUGGAAAGAAGCUUUCCAACGGCUCCAUAGUGCCCUUGGAGGAGAGCCUCAACCUCAUCGAAGUAGCCACAGAGGCACCCAAGAAGAAGACAGGCUAUUUUGCUGCUCCAUCCCAGAUGGAGCCAGAGGAUCAAUUUGUGGUGCCACCUGAUCUGGAGGAGGAAGUGAAGGAACAAAUGAAGCAGCACCAGGAGAAUGGAGCAGAUCAGGAGCAGAAAGAGGAACAUGCAGCAACUCUGCCAGAGGAGUUCGACACAGCUUUGUAACCGUAAAAGUACUGCUCCCACGUCUGUCCCAGAAAGCUCUAUCCCUUAAGGGCUGUCUUGCCCUCUACGGGGAUCUGGGAUCUGCAAGGAGUACAGGCAUUUGCUGCUUCCUUAAUGGAAUCAAGGAAAAACUAGGAGUGAUAAGGUCUGAGCUGUCCACUUUUCACUGCAGUCUCGGUUGUUCUAUGAGCACUCAGACCAGCAGCUGAACUCCGCAUUAGGGAUUGUCUGGGAAUUGUGCAAGUACUAGGAAGAAGGCAGGUGUUCCAAUGCCUGCCUGUAACUCCUUGAACCCUGAGGUUCUGCCAGCUCUGCAGGAAAGGGGCUGACAUAUGUGGGAGGGGGGUGAGGAGGCUGCUUGAUGGGGGCAAUGUUCAGUGUUUGGAGUCCUGUGAAUAUUUCUGAUGCAGCCCCACCCCACCCCAGCAACUGACUUGGUUGUUCCUUGAAAGAAUACAGCCAGUUGCAAUGAAGCUGACCCAAGAAUGGUUUCCUACAUUAAUUGCAAGCACUUUUAUUGAUUGCACUUAAGCUGUUUGGCUCUGCUUCAGCCCAGCACUUUAUUAUUUAGGGUUAGGGGAGAGAGCGCUCCACAGCAGGUGCGGUGGGGGCUUUUCCCCGAUGGAUCUUGUUAGAGCAGUGGAGGACUCAGGGUACCAGUGUUCUGAUGUGUGCUAGUGCAGGGCAGAGCGAGGGUUAUGAUGGUGUCAACCUGUGCAGGAUGAGAACAUGCACAGCUGAGUGUUGAGCAGCUCUGGACUGGUUGAUGAAGGUGUAGAUGUGUAGAGCUAGUGCUUCCAGCUGCAGAGCACAGCCCCAGCUCAGCAGCAACUCGGCCACCUCUAUCACAGAUGCUUCACACCAGAGGCUUCCUGUGUCCAGAAGACGUGGGAUGAAAACCGGGAGCUCGUGCUUGUUUAAGAAGGAGCCAAGUUGUUGUAAGCAGUGGCAUGUGCGGCUGGUGAGCAGUGGGGCUGCCUGUCAGUACUCUGUUCCACCAACAUAAACCUCUGCACUGCCAGCUACAGCAUCUUCACUCACCUCUGAACACAGGAGUCAUAUUCCAAAUCCACAGCAACCUGCAUUUCAUGGUACAUGCCCAAUUUGGCCACAAACAAGGUAAAGCAUACUUGUUUCUGCUUAGAUUUCAAUGUGAAAGGAAAAAUAGAACUUCUUACCUUAAUAACAUCUGUAUCAGCACUGGAAGAGGUGUUUAAAAACAGUCCCAUCACCGCUGGACUGACCAGUCUGCACUCGGCAGGUGCAUUUUGUUUCCAUUAGGAUUUUUAGUGUAGGGCGUAAGUUGGCUGCGUCUGUCCUCAUCUUGUGUAAGGGUUGUGAAAAGCCCCUGGAGUGUGCAGAUUUGUCUUCCUUAGCUGUCGGAGCGCUGAGCAGCGGGUCGUGUCAGAGGUGCAAUAAUCCUGACUGUAAUGUGGGCUAGUGCCUUUUCUUAUUUGUUAAUGAUAUUUAUGAAGAAAAUUUGAAAGUUUCUUCUCAAGAGCUCUGAGGGACUUGAGUUGUAUAUUUUUAGAUCAAAUUUGGGCCUUGCUCAGAAGGAAACAGUGUGCAGACUACUUGUGGGAUUCUGUCAGUAUAGAUCGCUUGACAAAAUCUAACGGAGUUGUACUGAAAUUUCAAAGCACCUUGAAUUUCUUCUCACUGGAAAAUAAUGUAUUUUUACCAAGCAUCAAAGCUCAACAUUUUAGGAUCUACCCUGUGCUAGGUUACAAUGUAAUCAUGAAACAAGCCAACUUCUUCCAAAGUUUAAACUCUCACAAAUUUUAGCUGUUUAAAUACCCGGUUCAUUUGGAAAUGGAGAGAAAAGCUAAUUCUUAGAAUCACAGAAGCAGCAACGUUUGAGUCCCUUAGGCAGAGAAACAGCAGCAGAAGAAAUUAAAAAACUAACCCCCAAACCUCUUUCAUGUUCUCUUCAUAUAAGUAUGCAGAAAAGGCUCAUCCCGAUGGAUUUGACUGUAACUUUUAAUUCUGUCACUGGUGAUAAUUUUACCAAAUACCUGUGCCCAGCCCAACACUUUCUGAUAUCCGACAGGGCUGCACAGUACGGGACUGAACAGAAACAGACCCUUCUUCCUGAGUAGGACUGUGACAAACCUUGCACUAGGAGAGCAGCAGGUGUUAAUGCAAAUCAGGUCUCUCUUUCUUGCACUGAUGUGGAAAAUCCAGUGUGUCCUUGCCAGUCUGAACCAGUAGCAUUGCAUGGAGAGUUGGCAUUGCCACAGGGAGUUGGUUGUGAGCGGCUCUGCCUGGCUCAGUGGGAAAGGACUAAGUAAAACAAAGUUCUGCAAUGGAGCAUGCAGGUUUCUGAGCAACUCCUCUUCGUGGUAGUGGCAGAAUGGAAUGCAAGGAGUUCCUGCUUAGCCUUUUUCUCCGGUGCCAUUCCUGGUUGAGAAGCAGAAAGGGAGUUCAAUGCAGCCAGCUCCUAUUUUCUGUGGGUGUGAACUGUCAUGGCAGGACAUGGCUCUUUCUCUUACACCAGGUCGACUCCACAGCUUUCUCUGCUUAAGGUGAUAUUACAAAUUGUUUGUCUUACUCUGGGCAGCACAGCCGGAGUGCUUCCAUCUACAACCACCUUUUGUUUUCCUGCCUCCCUAGAGACAGCAAGCUUCUCCUUUGUCUCUUCACCUUACUUAUUAACACCACCUCAGAUUUCCAGCUCCCUAGGAGCACUGCUGUAGGUGGAACAGGUAUGAAUUAGCAAGUCUAGUGAAGGACUCGGAGCAGGGAAUAGAAAUUGUUUUCCCAGUUCUCUUCCUGGUCUCCGGUCUCUUCCCUGAUUUUCCUAUGUGGUUCUUGCAGAUACAUCACCUCCACAGAGCCACAUUGCUAAAAAUGUCCCCUUGGUUAACAGACUUGUUAUUAGACAGUGGUUCUCCAUCAGGCUCUCCUGUCCCUACCGAGCAAUGCCAGACCUGCCGUGCUCUGUGCAGCCACAACCAAGUUAGGCUGAUGAGUUGACUUGUCCACCCUUCAGUCAUUCUGGCUCUGCUGAUGGGCGUGUUUGCUGAGAACAGGAGCUCUAAAGACACUGACCUGUCUGCCCUGUCCUUUCCAGAGCAGCUUCUGCAAAAGGAACCCAUAAAAGUUUUAUUCAGUGCCGUAGUUGGUGCCCAAGGGCUGAGGAUAAGGCACAGCCUCUGAGUUGCUCCCAGCACCAGGUAUGGCCCUGGUAGAGGCAGCACCACAGAUUGCUGGGACCUGAUGAGAAUCCAACUAGAGGGGAAGGUAAAAUCCAGUUCCAAGUAUUUCCUUGUCUCGGGGACAGGCUGCUGUGAGGCUGAUAAUCCUUCUGGUGCACAGGACAUUCAGCCAUAGCGAAUGCCCUUGGACUUCAGGAGUUUCUGCGCUCCUCCUGGAUAGUAAUGGCUUUCGUGUCACUUGCCAAAGGCCUCCUUCAGGCAGUGAGUUCACCUCUUUGGUUUUGUGCAAUCGUUGUCUGCUGUUCCCUUGCUGUCUGAAGACUCAAGUGUAUUUUUCCCCUCUUUUUUCACAUUUUAAAAUGUUACCUUUUUUUUAACUUGACUCAUAUGACCCAGCGCAUGUUAAAGAAAUAUUGCAGCGCACCAGCUGUUUAUUAAAUGAUCUUUUUUGAUGUUUUUUUGUUUUUAAAAAGAAUAUUUUCUGUAUCCCACUCUAGCAUGCACCUAUAACGAUCCCCGGAUUUAUUGUGUAUGGGAAUAGGUCGUCCAAUGAAUGCACCUUCAGCACUGUGGCCUAUGUCUGUAUUGCUUUGGAGAGGCAAAUAACAUAUAAUUGCUGGAAAACACUAUUCCAUGGAUUCUUUAUUCAGAUGUAUAGAGCAGUCCAGGAAGGAAGAAUAUUUUUGCAUCAACUUUUCAGCUGACUUAGCAAUAAAGAUUUUUACUUUCAUCUAACUAUAUAUCCUGAUUCCGUUACUGCGCUGGAAGGAAUUUGUGCAAUAUCCCAGUCAAAUAUAGCUGUGGCUGGCAGUAGCUGUGCCGUAGGGUCUCCUCUACUGAGCCCUGUGUGCUACUUUGCUCGUCAGCCUUCCCUACGAAAGCUACUUGCAGAACACUCUGAAGGCAGAACUCAUAAUAGCAAUUAUUAGACAGCUUUCUGUAUCCUGCCAGGGGAAUCCUGCCCUGGGAGCUUGCUUAAAAUAGUUCUGUGCAGCUCUCGGGAAGUCGCUGCAGCAAGCAGGGAAUACAGAAUCACGACCACAGUGGAGCAUCCACACGCAUCCCUGCCCCGAAACCCUCAAUGUGUCUCGGCUUCUGAAAGGCAGGAGAAACCAAACCAACCCCAGAGCGUACCUGGUGCAUUCCCAUUUAGCAUUUGUUUUGCUUAUGCAUCUCAAGUUCCAACAAUGUUCCACGGGUUUGCUAACUGAGGAUUUAGUCGCUGGUACUGGCGAAGCUGGGGAUAUGUCCAAGGCAAAGCACGUUUCUGUUCUGUUUAGUUUUGUGGUUCUUUUUAACGUGGGCAGAAUGGGUCUGGGAGAACAGUGGCAGUUCCAUCUCCCUAUGGACUACACACAUGGGCGCUGCUCUGAAGUGACAUUGCAUUCAGAGGCGUGACUUUGUGAUUCUAAUGGUACUUCUCUUUUCCCCUGUUAAACUUCCUAUAAACUUUUUUUUUUU